AUGCACGACGCCCACGAUGCCCACGCCGGCAUCAAGUAUCCCAUGAGGCCACACCACCAGGCCCAUCUGUCGGGCACCCGCUCCUCGGGCCUGUACACGCCCCAGGACCAGCCGCAGCACCAGCUCCAGCACCCCCAGCUGCAGACUCAACAGCACCAGCAACAGCAGCACCAGCCGCAGCACCACCAGCAGCCCUCGUCCGCCGCCCAGCGAUACUCGCCCAUGGACACGCUGUCGCCCACGUCGCCCUACGCAAAGGCCUACACCAGCUCGCCAUCGCAGCAGACGCCGCCCAAUGCCGAGUACUCAAGCCCCUACUUUGUCGGCCGUCAGCCCCAGCUGCCCCCCAUCGCCACCUACUCCCACGACGGCUACCCCUCGUCUGCCGUCGCCGCGCUCGACGGCUUCAGUGACUCCAAGGCCCCCCGCCGCCCGAACCCCCCAGUGAUGAAGACGGUGCCCGAGUUCAAGAAGAUCAAGUCGCCCAACGAGCUGCAGCCAAAGAACACGAGGCAGCCGCGCUUCAGGCGCGCAAAUCCAGAGGGGGGCUUCAUCAGUCCCCUCCAAGCUCUGACGCUGCAUCUGCCAGCCACGUAUCGCAUCUGCAACCCGAGCUUCAAGUACGAGUCGUCGCGAAAUCCUCGCCGAGUCCUUACCAAGCCCAGCAAGGGCACCAAGAACGAUGGAUACGACAACGAAGACAGCGAUUACAUUCUCUAUGUCAACGAUAUUCUGGGCUCAGAGGAAGCCGGCCACAAGAACCGCUACCUCAUCCUCGAUGUGCUGGGCCAGGGAACGUUUGGCCAGGUCGUCAAAUGCCAGAAUCUCAAGACGCAGGAGGUCGUGGCCGUCAAGGUCAUUAAAAACCGCACAGCCUACUUUAAUCAGAGCAUGAUGGAGGUAUCUGUGCUGGACCUGCUCAACACCAAGCUCGACAAGAACGACGACCACCAUCUUCUGCGACUGAAAGAUACGUUUAUCCAUCGACAGCAUCUUUGUCUGGUUUUCGAGCUGCUCAGCGUCAAUUUGUACGAGCUCAUCAAGCAGAACCAGUUCCGCGGCCUCAGCACCACCCUCGUGCGCGUCUUUGCCCAGCAGCUUCUGAACGGCCUGGCCCUCCUCAACAAGGCCCGCCUGAUCCACUGCGAUCUGAAGCCCGAAAACAUUCUGCUCAAGAACCUCGAGAGCCCAAUCAUCAAGAUUAUCGAUUUUGGUUCGGCAUGCGACGAGCGACAGACGGUCUACACCUACAUCCAGUCCCGGUUCUAUCGAUCCCCCGAGGUCCUGCUGGGCUUGCCUUAUUCGUCUGCCAUCGACAUGUGGUCGCUGGGCUGCAUCGUGGUCGAGCUCUUCUUGGGACUGCCGCUCUUCCCCGGAUCGUCAGAGUACAACCAGAUUGCUAGAAUCGUCGAGAUGCUCGGCAACCCCCCCAACUGGAUGAUCGACAUGGGCAAGCAGGGCCUCGAGUUCUUUGAAAGGAGGCAGGACGAGUUUGGCAGGCGGACAUACCACCUGAAGAGCAUGGAGCAGUAUUCGCGCGAACACAACACCAAGGAACAGCCCAGCAAGAAGUAUUUCCAGGCCAACACGCUGCCCGAGAUUAUCAAGUCGUAUCCGAUGCCGCGGAAGAAUAUGAAGCAGAGCGAAAUUGAUCGAGAAAUGAACAAUCGCAUUGCCUUUAUCGACUUUGUCAGGGGCUUGCUCAACAUCAACCCUCUCGAGCGGUGGUCACCCCAGCAGGCAAAGCUUCACCCCUUCAUCACCCAGCAAAAGUUCCAGGGGCCCUUUGUCCCGCCAAUGAACCUCAAGUCAAGCUCCCUCAACCGAUCACCGGCUCCCGGCACGCAGCAACAACAGCAGGCCGAGGCACUGAGCAAACAACGGGCCGCCCAGGCGCAAGCGCAGGCUGCACAAGCACAGGCACAGGCACAAGCUCAAGCUCAAGCUCAGGCCCAGGCCCAGGCUCAAGCACAGGCACAGGCACAGGCACAGGCACAAGCUCAAGCUCAAGCUCAAGCUCAAGCUCAAGCUCAAGCUCAAGCUCAGGCCCAGGCCCACGCCGUCUACAAUCCCGCCUCUGCCCAUGGCAACGUGCAGCCUCAGUACGGGCCGCCCCAGUCCGGCCAGUACGGUCAGAUGGCCAUGUCGCAGCCUCCUCAGCAGCUCCCGUCGUCGCAGUACUCGAAUUCUUCACAGCCCAACAUGUACCAGCAAAGCGGCUCGAGGACCAACCGGCAGCGGGCCUCGACCAUGGAGCAGCAGCAGAGUGGCAUCCCUCCAGCCCUGCAGCGAGUGGCCAGCCACCUGGACCCGAGCCAGCCGAUCCGACUGCAGCCCAGCCCGGCAUACUAUCCACCAACCGGCGAGGGACUGGAUAAUGCGCCUGGCCGUGCCGGAAGACGAGGCAGUCGAGUUCAACAGGGGGCCCGCAGUAACCGGGACUUCAUUCGCAAUCUGGAAGAGCGGACCCUGGAAGAAGGCUUCAUGGGUAACCAGAAUCCAUGGCAUUGAGAUAUUGCCUCGUUCCGCUCGAAGCUGAAGUUCCGUUUCUGACCAUGACGAUUUG